AUGCUGCGCAUCAGAUUGCUGUCAGGGGCAGACUUCGCGAGCAUCCCUGUGGUGGAGCUAGCCGAUGUGCGGGCGCUGAAGCAGCAGUUGAAUCGGCUGCAUGGCCUGCCAGCACGAUUCAGACAACGACUGCUUCUUCGGGGUGUUCCCUUAGAUGACUCUGCCAAAGUGGAUUCGCCCAUGGACCUGGAUCUGAUCCUACUUACACAUUCCGACUCCUCCCCGGCGCAAGCAGACGAGCUGGCGACGGCCGCGGCGACAGGAUCCACGUCUCAG